UGGCAGUCUACUCAUAUAAAGCUUGAGGAUUGACGAAGAGAAGACUGAAGCACUCUGUAUCAAGAAGUGGGAGAAGUGAAAAGGAAGGAAGGAACAUAAACAAAAGCAACAAAUAACGGGAAAGAAGCAAGCGGAAACCCACUGCAGGGCCCGGGCAAUUUAGAGACGAAAGCGGAAGCCAUUAAACCUUGGAUUCAAGCAAAAUUCCUUUCUUCCUGCUAUACGGGUUUUGCUCCGGAAAGUUUGCCCUUCGACACACGCCACAGCGAUGGAGACGGCCAACGCUCAGGAGCUGCUCCGAUCGAACCUCUCUAGGGUGCGCAUACCGGAGCCGACGAACCGCGUCUACAAAUCAGAGUGCUGCGUCUCCUUUGAUAAUCCGAGGUCAGAAGGGGGGCUGUACAUUGACAUGAACACGUUUCUUGCUUUCGGGAAAGAUUGUGCGGGUUGGAACUAUGAGAAGACGGGGAACCCUGUUUAUUUGCACAUAAAGCAGACGAGGAAGUUGAUUCCCGAAGACAGGCCUUCAAAGAAGCCAACCCUUUUGGCUAUAGGUAUUGAAGGUGGUUUUGACAACAAUGAAGCUGAAUAUGAAGUAACUUACAGCAUAGUAGUACUUCCUGGACAUGUGACAUUUCCAUUCCCUUCUGUGGAGUUACCAGAGAAGGUGGUGAGACUUGCCGCUGAUGCCAUUUUAAGGGCCGAAGGUGCAGAGCGAAAAGAGCAACUUGCUGCUUGGACCGCAGAUACAAAGAAAGUUAGUGCGCAUGCAAUGGAUUUGAAACAGAUUAACAAUGGUGUUGUUAUUCCUCCGUCUGGUUGGAAAUGUGUCAAAUGUGAGAAAAGGGAUAAUCUCUGGCUGAAUCUUACUGAUGGAUUCAUCCUUUGUGGCCGGAGGAAUUGGGAUGGAACUGGUGGUAACAACCAUGCAAUUGAUCACUACAAGGAGACAGGCCAUCCUCUUGCUGUCAAACUGGGGACAAUAACUUCAGACUUGGAAGCAGCAGGUAAUGGCUACUUCUCAGAUGUAUUCUCUUACCCCGAGGAUGACAGUGUUUUGGACCCACUUUUGGCGCAACAUUUGUCCUUUUUUGGAAUUGAUUUUUCAUCCUUAAAGAAGACAGAAAUGACAACUGCUGAAAGGGAACUUGACCAGAAUAUCAAUUUCGAUUGGAAUCGAAUUCAAGAAAGUGGGCAGGAUUUAGAACCUAUCUUUGGUCCAGGUUAUACAGGACUCGUGAAUCUUGGUAAUAGCUGCUACAUGGCAGCAACUAUGCAAGUAGUGUUCUCUACACAGUCCUUCAGUUCACGAUACUACAAGAAUCAAGCUUUGAAACUAGCAUUUGAGACUGCUCCUUCUGACCCGACGGUGGACUUGAAUAUGCAGCUCACAAAGCUGGGACAUGGUUUAUUGUCUGGGAAGUAUUCUGUUCCUGCACCAGAGGUAGAUGAUAUCGCAGAUUCUGCAACCUCCACUAGUACGAAACAAGAAGGAUUACCUCCUCGCAUGUUCAAAGCGGUCGUUGCUGCAAGUCAUCCUGAGUUUUCUUCAAUGAGGCAGCAGGAUGCAUUGGAAUUCUUCCUUCAUUUUCUUGACCAAGUUGAGCUUGGGAAUGUUGCGAAACCUGAUGCUGAUCCUUCAAGGAGUUUUAAGUUUGGUAUUGAAGAGCGUAUCCAAUGUUCUUCUGGAAAAGUUGCUUAUAACCGAAGGCACGAUUAUAUUCUUUCAUUGAAUAUUCCCUUGCAUGAAGCUACUAAUAAAGAAGAAUUAGAAGCCUUCCACAAAGCUCAAAAAGAUUCUGAAGGGAAAGAUGUAUCCAGCAACGAAAUAGUACGCCCACGAGUACCUUUAGAAGCAUGCCUGGCUAACUUUUCAGCUCCGGAGGAGAUACAGGAUUUUUACAGCACUGCUUUGAGGGCUAAGACCAUGGCUAUAAAAAAAGCUGGUUUAACUUCAUUUCCUGAUUACUUGGUGUUGCACAUGCGUAAAUUUGUUAUGGAGGAGGGUUGGGUUCCCAAAAAGCUAGAUGUCUACGUAGAUGUACCCGACAUUAUAGAUAUAAGUCACAUGAGAAGCAAGGGCCUUCAACCUGGGGAGGAGCUUUUGCCUGAAGGUGGCCCUGAGACUGAGGUAGAAUCAAAUGAAGUUACAGCCAAUGAUGUUAUUGUCGUCCAGCUUAUGUCGAUGGGUUUUGGCCAUAUUCCUUGUCAAAAGGCUGCAAUAAACACACUAAAUGCUGGCGUAGAAGAGGCAAUGAAUUGGUUGCUUUCUCAUAUGGAUGACCCAGAUAUUGAGGCUCCAAUUCCCAAAGGUUCACAAGGAGGACCUGAAGUUGUUGAUCAGUCGGCAGUCCAGACCUUGAUCUCAUUUGGAUUUGAAGAAGAAGUGGCUAAGAAGGCACUGAAAGCUUCGGGUGGUGACAUUGAGAAAGCUACAGAUUGGAUAUUCAACAAUCCUGGUGGCUCUGGCUCAUCUGACAUGGAUACUACUACUUCAAGCAGUACACCUACAACAGAUACUACUGCUGGCCUACCUGAUGGAGGAGGGAAAUACCGACUAUUUGGAAUAGUUUCACACAUCGGAACCUCAACACAAUGCGGGCAUUAUGUUGCUCAUGUUCUGAAGGACGGAAGAUGGGUGAUUUUCAAUGACACCAAGGUCGGGGUUUCUGUGAACCCACCAAAGGACAUGGGCUACUUGUACUUCUUUGAGAGGAUCAACAACUGAAAUCUGCCUGCAAGUUUUUCUGACUUUAGGGUCGUUAUAAUCUUUCAAUAUCAGAUCAGAAUAGAGAGGAAUGGCUUUUUUAACUUGGUAAAUACUGUUGGAUAGGCAAAUGCGUUAGGGCAUCGUGUGGCCGUGAGUUCAAACUCAGCUUUGAAACUGCAAAAUUUGCCCUUGUGGCUUGAGCUUUGCUGCUGCUGCUGCACUACGCCACUACCCCUUUUCUCAUGGGUUCUUUUUCUCGUCCGUACAUUUUACUGGGGAGGAUGUAGUUGGCGCCUGGGAACUCUUGUUUGUGCUGGAAUUCUUUCGCUGUGAUUUGAUUUGUCAAAUCGAGCUGGUGAGCGAUCAUUGUCGAGAUCUUUGGUGAACUGUGCUGAGAUGAGUGUCAAUUCUGCAUCUCUCACUGUUUGCUGCUAGAGUCAUUCCAUGUCUGGCGGUCAACUUUCGAUCAAUACUAUAACAGAACACUUUUCCCUUGCUCAAUUGCUUACAAUUCUCCCGUAGUGGUAGGUUCAUGUGACACUGUACAAUCUAUGGACAAUGAUGGUGGAAGUUGAGAAGUUGAUUGCCUAGGCAUCACGGCGGCUGUAUUGACCUAUGAUCUAGAACAUGGGAGACUAGCAU